CCUCCUCCUUCUCCUCCUCCUCCCUCCAUGGAGCGGCGCUUCGUAUUGAAGAGAGCGAGAAGGAAGCAACAGCGCUCCCUCUCUCUCUCUCUAGAAUGAAGUGAAGUUCGCGGCGGCGACGACGACGACGACGUCCCCGCGGAUCCUCCGAUGAGAACGCCGUUCGGGCUCCUCCUCCUCUCUCGCCUCCGUCAACGCCACCCGCGCUUCUCUUCCCACCGCUCCCUCUCCCUCUUUCCCGGCGCCGGCGGCAGCGGCGCCGGCGGCCGGAGCUCCGACGACGACGACGACGACGACGACGCCUCCUCCUCUCCCCUCCCGUCGCCUCCCGGCACCUUUCUGAGCCCCGAUCGCCCGUCGGCGCGGUCCUCGCUCCCUCUAUUCGAUCGCGGUUUCGGCUCGGAUCCCUCCGGACGCUCAACGGCCUUGACCGGUUCCCCCGCGCAGUGCGCUGGCCGCCAUCAUUUUCACUACCACCAUGGCUGGUCUUAUCGCAAAUUUUUCACGAGGGCCAAGCAAAAGCAUUUGAAGCCGAUAAAUAUUCACGAUGAACACAGUCAACGAGCAGUAACAACUGCAUUAUGGUGUAAUUUCCUUGUCUUCUCACUGAAGUUUGGUGUCUGGUUUGCAACCUCAAGUCAUGUUAUGUUGGCUGAAGUUGUUCAUUCAGUUGCAGAUUUUGCCAAUCAGGUGCUUCUUGCUUAUGGUCUUACUAGCUCAAGGCGCGCACCCGAUGCUUUGCAUCCUUACGGGUAUUCCAAAGAAAGAUUUGUUUGGGCUCUGAUAUCUGCUGUUGGCAUUUUUUGUCUUGGAUCUGGUGCUACGAUUGUUAAUGGAAUUCAAAACUUGUGGAUUGCACAUCCUCCGGAAAAUAUUAAGUAUGCAGCUUUAGUGAUCGGAGGCUCUUUCGUGAUUGAAGGCGCUUCUCUCAUUGUCGCCAUACAAGCUGUCAAGAAAGGUGCAGCUGCAGAGGGGAUGAAAGUGAGGGAUUUUAUCUGGCGUGGUCAUGAUCCCACAUCUGUGGCAGUUAUGACAGAGGAUGGAGCUGCAGUAACAGGACUUCUCAUCGCUGCUGCAUCAUUGGUUGCUGUAAACACCACGGGCAAUCCAAUCUAUGAUCCCAUUGGAUCUAUUAUAGUUGGCAAUUUACUUGGGAUGGUGGCAAUAUUUCUCAUCCAGAGAAAUCGACAUGCCCUAAUUGGUAGAGCAAUGGACCAACAUGAUAUGGAAAAGGUUCUUCGAUUUUUGAAAAAUGACCCGGCUGUGGAUGCUCUGUAUGAUUGCAAAAGUGAAGUGAUUGGACCUGGGUUCUUCAGAUUUAAGGCAGAAAUAGAUUUUAAUGGGGUAGUGGUGGUUCAAAAUUAUCUGGAGAGGACUGGGCGUGAGGAGUGGGCAAGACAGUUUCGUGAGGCUACAAAACAGAAGGGUGAUAGUGCACUGCUCGAGGUCAUGUCACGCUACGGUGAGGAGGUGGUUACAGCUCUUGGAAGUGAAGUAGAUAGGUUAGAAAAGGAAAUACAAGAGCUUGUUCCGGGUAUUCGGCAUGUCGAUAUUGAAGCCCACAACCCAAUUGACCAAUCUUCAUGAUCAUUCAUAUGGAUUUGAAGCAGAUCUGACCAUUUUUCUCCUUGUACGUUGCUCAAUUUUUGUCCACAGGAAAGAUUGAUUUUGGGGCUUCAUGCAGGCUCGAUUUUUUUUAUUUUUUUGGUCGGGACUUGUAGGCUCCAACUUUGAUCGCAAGGGGUCGAAAUCUUUUGAAGCACAAGAAGCCUUUUUGUAUUAUAGUCCAUGAUUAUUGAUGUAUAGCAGGAAGAUUUCUUUGGAUAGGAGAAACGAAAUCGUCAAUAAGAUCUCUCUCUCUCUCUCUCUC